AGAAAGUAAAUGUCUAGGGAAACCUAAUGGACAAUCUCCACAACAGACGAUAACAAAAAGCAAUCCAGAUGGGGUGCAGGUGCUGUAAAAUGAUACAAAGCUAUCUCUUCGAUCCAGUUCACGUGCCCUCCCCUGGUUACGUUAACGAAGUGAACAGCUGCAAGUUAGAUGAAGAGGACACUCUUAAACUGAAAGACAAACAGAGCGGCGAAAUCCUGGUGCACAAGGGUGACCCUCCUAGUGAGGGCUCCAAGAGGACUGUGACCGGGAGCGGAACAGCCUCUCCACAGGAGCCCUGCGGGCCGCCCCGAGGACCACGCCUCUUGGGGGAUGCUGUGCGGGGACCCUGUGCCGAGAAGACUAGCGGGGCCGUCAAUGGCGUCGGCCCCGCUGCUGUCCUGCAGCUCAGUGGUGAGCCGGGGCCCCCUCAGGGAGCCAGAGACUCCUGGGCCAGUGCUGCAAACAAAGGUCACCAGACCCAGCCCUUCCUUGAAGGAGGGAGUGCCAGGGAGCUGGACUGCAUGCAGCUGGCCUCGGGAGAGACGCAGGUCAUCCGGAACGGGGCCUCCGGCGCGCCAUCCAUGGCCGGGCUUGCCGCCUGGGAAGUCCCAGCCCAUGUCCUCCAGACACCCACCCCGGACUAUCCUCCGCUUUGCGGCCCAGCUGAAGACAACGCUGAUCAUGUUGAUCACCAAGAGAAGGACCAUCUUUUCAAGACCCAGUCUGAGAAGGAGCCCCAGGAGGGUGCUCACCCCCCGGCAGGGAAGUGUGGUUUGAAUAUGCCCUUCUCUGCAAAGAGAAGCUGGGAUUCAUUAAACGAGGCCGUGACAACUGAAAUCCCAAGUGUCUACUUUGACAAAGACGAUCCUGCUCAGGACGUGCCUGUGGUCGAUUCCGGAAACGGGUGGGAGGAGGCCCCUGGCUCCCCCGGAGACCGGAGCUGGGAGACGGCGGCGGAUGAGGAUGCGGAGGUGGCUGAAGCCCUCGCGGCCUUAGAAGCAGCUACUGCGGGGGAAGAUGUGGACGAGGCCGAGUAGGGGAGGGGAUUCUCCAGGCAAAUAAGCUAGUGACGAUCUGGUCGCACGGGGCUGGGUUUGCUCCUAAAACCCAGAGCUGAUAAAUGCAGCAUGUACGGCUGCAGCCUUACAGGAGGUUGACACCCAGUGCCAGUUCUGAUGGAUGUGAGCUUCAGUGCCAUGCUGCUUGUUCACCAUGAAGAGUACCACCGUCUAGAUGGGCUAAAACUCAAGAGACUAUAAGUCAGAGUGGACCACGGUGCUGGCAUCCACAGAACAUGCAGACCUUAAACACCCUGCUGGCCAACCCGCACAACUCCUGCACAACGUGUGGUGCAGGUGUUUGUGAGAACGCCCUGGAAUCCCAGUGAGAAUCCCAGGGAAAGAGAUUCACAGGACAUUCUGUUGGAGUGUAAAAUGCCUUACCUUGCUUUUGAGAGCCAAACAGUAUACCCAGUCAGGGAAAGGUAACUACCCCCACUUAAAGUGCCUAAUGUACCCCCCCAGAGCAUGGCUUACCUUCAGGGACAGUCACCCAGGGAACCAAUCACUAACCACUUGUUGGACAGAGAGUGGAGCUUGGCAGCUUUCAGGGUAGAGCAGGAGCCACCUGUAAACAAAUGGUUAGUCAUUAGCUGUGAUAUCAGGCCACCUUGACCUUAACUUUUUUACAUUAUUACUUUUUCAUCUCCUUUGGGAUUGGGGAGUUUGGUCAAAAGACUUCUUUGUUUAAAAUUCAGGUUUUUAAGUUUGUGAGAUUUGGAACAGCAAAGAGAG